UGGGCACUAUUCCUCCCACUGACACCAAUGAUACUUACCUUGCUGACCCCUGCUCCAGCCUGGGCUCGCUCGCUCCCUCCCUCUCCCAUGCUGUCUUCCUUCUCUGGCCGCUCUCCUCCUCUUCACUCGCUCGAUCUUCGCGGUGCCGCUCGGCUCCUCCUCUCCAAGCUCCACCUCCUCGCCGGUGAUUGGCGGGGAUUGAUCCCGAGGGUGUGUCCAGAUGACAGGGGCGGCAUGUCAUCCCGCCCACACCUGGAGACGGAUAGAGCAGCGGUGUCUCGGUUCCUA